GUGGACACUUUUAGGCCGAUGCAGCUGUUUCUGGUGAAGGUCAAGGUAGAGCGAGGGGAGCAGUACAAGGUGGCCUACAGGUGGCCUUUAGCAGAGCUGAAGCUGGUAGACGGCAAGACUCUCAAUCAGGCAGCCAGUAUUGUCCGUACCAUUCCAAAAAUGGGAUCUGCUCACCAGGUGAAGCUGCUGCACAAGCUCCCCGGGCUGAAGCAGAAGGCUGAGGCCAGGACGUGUUGACAUCUCUCAGGGUCCCACCACAGAGGCAAGCUCCCCAGUGCAGCCCAGUGCUCACGUCAGCACAGUGCCUCCCUGUUGCAUGGCUUGGCAGGUCCACGGCAAUCGAAACAAGAGCUCCUCUCUGUUUCUUAGCAGGUAGUAUCGACUACAGCCAAACCCCAGCUCAUGGGUCGACGUGCAGUACACGCAGCAAGGGCUUUGGUCGUCAGGUCUGCUCCGUUGUGCUGGGAAGCCCUCUGGCACCAGCAAAGUCCUGACACUGCGAGUCCAGCGGUGCUUAAACCUACAGCUCCCUUGACCAAAACAGUAUUAAUAUUUAUGAAGCGAUUAACGGAUGCCUCCCUGCUUUAAUAGCUCCUCGUAAGGCGCGCUAUAAACCAGGAGCAUUGCAAAUUCCUCCCCCAGCCAUCACCGCGCCGCGCCGUCGCAGGGGCUGCUGCCGAGCCUGCAAAGCAACGCGGGGGCGUGAUGUAUUGCUUCGAGGUGUUUAGAAAACAAAGCUUAAAGCGUCGCAGGACUGCAUCAAUCCUCAUAAACUCUGUGCCUGUUACGAUGAUUAGCAUCAAUAAUUAGAAGUGCGGCUUCUAAGCUCUCCAGAAGAUGAGGUCAGGCUGUGCCGCAGAGCUAAUGAGAUGGUGCAGGAAGGAGUUUCUUUCUGUGGGAUGUUCCUAGUCCUGCCACCUCCCUUAUCCUCUCCACCUGUAUACCCCUUAGUGGCAAAUACUAAGUCUCCUGUGGCUGGAGUUCCCCCUCCACGAGACUACAUCCUCGGGCAUAGAUAGAUGCAGAGAUAUUGACACUUAUACGGGUGGAAACAACCUGGGGAAAUGCCAAGGGUGCUCCUUUUCCAGUCCAUGCUCCUGUUGUCUUGGGUGACCUUCCCCUGCCAGGAAAUGGGGCGCCAGCAGAUGCCGAGUGAAGAUGCGUGAUACCACGGUGCUGCUGGGGGGAACUCAGGACCGCGCUUGUGGAAGCCUGUUUCUGGGUUUUCUCUGGGUGUCCCCAGUUCUGGAGUGAGGAGAGGUUUGGAAUCUCAGGUUGGAUGGGGAUUGCAGAGGGGAAUAUCUGCCGUGGGGGGCCGGGUGGGUGCUGGGCUUACCCUGAAUCCCUAACUCCGGUUGAUUCGAGCUUUCUCAUUCAGCACAUCAUCACGCUGCAGAGCUUAUUGCCAUGGGAUGCUGUAGAUGUCAACGCUAUGAAUAAGUUCAAAAAGCCAUCAGAGGAAAUCAGGGACAGUAGGUCCUUCAAGGGCUGUUAAACACCGGGCUGGGGAUACAACCUCUGGCUCAGCGAGCUGCUGGGUGACAGGCUGCUGGAGGCUGGCAGGGGAUCCGGAAGGCAAUAUAACUCUGGACUUGCCCUUUGAUUGCCUUUUCUCCCAAGUGUCUGCCACUGGCCACUGUCAAAAUUCAUCAGCAUUCUCAUCAGCUCCCACAGCCCGCAGUAAAAGGUGAGGGGUUUAUGUAAUCUGAAAAGAGAUCAGCGUGCUGGAUCAGGGCACUGGCACUGGUCGAUUGCUUAGCCUGACCCAGUACGAGCGUCCCGGUGUCCACUUCUAGGGUCAGAAUUGCUUUACAUCCUUUUAUUUUCAGUGCUUUUAUCAUGCCCAUGAUUAUUUGCCAAGUGGCAUGAACACACCACUGGAAUCCUACCCAGUUGCUCGGAGGUAGCAGCAGAAGUCCAGGGAAAGAUGUCUAUAUCCGCAGGAGAGAAACACGAAGGAGGAUUUGCAGUUAACUAGAGGAAUUGCCUGCUGUCAGCCUGGAAAUGCAGAGCCUGUCAGGGAAUUCAUUGAUUGAGAGACUUCAAAUCAAACUUCCGACAGCAUUUAACCCUGGGCAUGGAACAGGCGGUGUCCAUCCCAUCAGGUGGUGUGGGGGUGGUGGGGACGAUAGCCCAUUUUAGACAUUUUUUAUAUCUGAGUCUGACUAUACCUGUGCAGCUCCACCAAAACCAGUCCAGUCAUCGGCAUGGUGUGGCUGGUAGCACCGGUCUCCCUGGGGUCACCUUCAGCACGUCCAGCUGGUGCUUUGCCAGGUGGUGUCAGGGAGAUGUCAGGAUCAUCCCCCUGCUUGAAGGGGCUGAGCUGCCCCUGCAGACAGAGCUCUCUCCUCCAACAUCUGAGCCCUGUGCUAGUCUCCAUGGGGCUUCCUGGGGCCACCGAAGACCCCAAAGCUUGAAACAGCCGCGCAGAGGCAAGCCUGGAUUUUGAUCUGCACUUCGAUAAGGUUUACAAGUGGACCGCUAGCAGCUUUGAUGAGAAGAAAACCUUUAUCAGAUGCUUGUGGAAGCUGAACCACCGAUUCCUCGCCAGCUCGGUCACAUUUGUGAAUGUCCCCUCCUGUGCAGCGGAAGGGAGACAAAGGCCCCAAGAAGACAGGAAGGACACUGUGGAGACGGAGAGCCAGGAGGAGCUCAGUGUGUACCAGGAGAUGACACCAAAGGAAGCUGCCGAUGUGUUGAAGCUGAUGGAGGAGUACGAGCCCCUUGUGAACAACUCUGUGGCCUUUGCAGAGCAGCUGAGCAACGACCUCUAUGUGCUGGAUGAGGCCAACCUUAGAGCCAUGAUCUCUUCUGAGAAGCAGAUGACACAGCUGAUGAGCUCCAUUGACGAGGCCUUAGCAGAGGUGGCCAGAGUGGAGGAGACCUUGGAGAUCUGUGAUGAGUUACUGGGAAGCAUAAAGCAGCAGAUGGACCACAUCCACCAGGAAAACUCCUUGCUAGAUCGCAUUGUUUCCAACAAGACAAGGCUGAUGGAUGAGAUCCUCUUCCUCACGACCCGCCUCGACCUCAGCAGGGAACACUGUGAUGCCUUGAGCCGGGCGGAUCUUUCCAGCCCCAGCAGAGUGAAAGCCUGCAUUGCUGCAGCAGAGGCUUUAUCUGGCUGCAUGAACAUCCAAGUCCAGCCCGGUUACCGGAAACUGCAGUCUGUGGCUGAGCAGCUGAUCAUGUUUGAAACACUCAAGCAGAACUUUGAGAACUCUUUCAUCAGUCACAUUACGGCCAUCUUCGAGCUGCAGGGCAGCGCUCAGGUCCCUGCUCUUGGUCAGCCUGUUGACAAGCUCUCUGCACCAAGCCACGGACUCCACCAUGAGGAACUGGCACCCUACGCCCCGCUCAUGGCCUGGCUGAGGAACGCCAACCCGGUUCUGUUCUGUGAUCUCCCCAAGGUCUAUGCCCAGAACCUCAGCAGACUCUAUGACCGGGAAAUCAAAGCCUUUUUUGAACAAGCCAAAACCUCCUUGUUAGGAAGAAGAAAAGGAAGUCUUCAGGAAAGCUUAGAGAAGCCGAUGGCGAUGGGGAGCAGGCAGCAGUAUCGAUGGAGUCUCCCUGGGAGCAGAGAAGGUCAGGAGGACACACCGGACAAAGGCAACGUUAUCAAGAUGUUGGAGCAGGUGCUGAGAGAGCUGCAGCCCCUUUGCACCGCGGAGCAGCAAUUCAUUGAGAAAUUCUUCCAGUUAAGCCAGGACCCUGCAAACCUGCAGGUGCUGGAGGCAUCUGCCACUGGGGGAGGAGAGAGUACGGCACCUCCAGAGGACCCUCCUUGCACCAAGCCUCGGAGCCAACUAGAAGAACCUACGACCCGGCUGCUGAGUGAGAUCUUCAGUUGCCUGGAACCGGAGCUGAGAGGAUUUCUAGAUGUCUGCAAUAAGGUCCACCCAUUCGGCUGCUUGCAGGUCCUGGUUACCUUGAAUGACUCCGUCUUUGAGAUGUGGGGCUUUUCCUCAGCUCUCCCCCCGUCCUUCCUCAACGCUGUCCUGGGCAACAUGCUGCUCCUGGCCAAGAGCAGCUUCAACAAAUACAUUGGGACCUUGUGCAAAGACAUCGAGGAGGCAAAGAUACCCAGCAAGAUGAAAGGCGGGAUCCUGCCCUCUGUGAGCCGCUUUGAAGAGUUCGUGGACUUCUCGGAGGAGGUGUUCAGGACAGCUCGGCGGAGAGGGGAGCUGGACAAAGCACACCUCCAGCUGGCCGGCAGCGUCUUCAGCAGCAUCAAUAGUCUGUCCUCAGCAAACCUGAAGGUGAACACAGAUAUGGUCAUGAUGGAAAAUUUCCACCACAUUCACUGCUUCCUGUGCCAAAAGAAGAUCCACUGCCUGGAGGGCAAGAAGAGAGAAGCCAAACAAAGGUAUAGCGAGCACAUGGAGAAAUAUGUCAUCAAGUACCUGGGCCAGCCGCUGGAGAAGCUCAAUCACUUCUUUGAAGGGGUGAAAGCCCGUGUGGCCCAAGGGGUGAAAGAAGAAGAGGUCAGCUUUCAGCUGGCCUACAGCAAGCAAGAGCUGAGGAAGGUCAUUGAAAAAUACCCUGGCAAGGAAGUAAAAAGAGCCCUUGAGACCCUCUACAGGAAAAUCCACAAGUACCUCUCCCCAGAGGAAAACCUUUUGCCGGUGGUGUGGCAUGCUAUGGAGCAGGAGUUCAUACGUCAGUACCAGGAGUUUGAGGAUCUGAUCCAACGCUGUUAUGCAGGGUCAGGGAUUGCCAUGGACUUCACCAUGGAGGACUUACUGAGCUACUUCAACUCUAUCACUCUGUCCCACAUGUAGAGGGAACCCUCUCUGGAUGUCUGCUGGGAGCCACUCAGGAACCCUUGCCUGCAGCUACACCUCUAAGGAGCUAAACUCCAAACCCUUCCCAAGCUGAAGUUUGAUAUAAUGCGGUCCCAUCCUGAACUGGAGCCAAAGUGCCUCCAACUUAUUGGUCUUAGGCUAGAUCUCCCUUGGGGAAGUGAAGUUCUCAAACCCAAACCACAGCUUCAAGAAACCAUUAUGCAUCUAGUAAAAAAAAAAAAAAAAAAAAAGCCUUCCAAACCUCUGAUUUCUGCCAAACCUCACGCGAGUGCUGUACCUCUUCAGUAGACCGCUUCCCAGAGCAGCUAAGUAGCGAAAGACAUCUUUUCUCCAGGAACUCUCUCCUGUUUUUCUACUCUCAAAUUUCACAGCAAACCCGUGCUAAACAAGAAUAUUACAACACACUGAGACACCUGGAUGUGUGCGGUGUUACUAUUUCCAGGUGUCAGAAUGUGCACCGUUGCUCUACCAGCUCUUCAGUAGAGACAGAUGAAAGUUCAGAGAUAUUGAUGUGAAAAGUUUUAUUGCUUUUAGCUGAGAAAGGCUUUACUUACAUGCAAAGUGGAGUGGAGCGAAUGCUACGGUUCUAGAGAUCCAAACUGGUGUCUCAGGGAGUCGCCUGUUCUUACGCCAUUGUCUUAUGAAGCAUCCCAUAGCAGUGUCACAACUUGCUAAUAUAUUUUUGUUGUUGAAAAUACGGCCUCUGUAUCCCAUGAUGAUAACCAUGGGGCUAACAUACUGACUAUUAUAACUUUCUCUCUAAAAAACUGAAGAACUUGAACUUCUUGGUUCAGUACAAAAUAACAAUCGUGACAACAUACUGACGGUACAGGGCCAAGGACCAGGAUGUCAGUCUAUAAACUGAAACCCAGACCAGCAGGGUCAUUGGUCAGGUAGGGGCACAUCUGGAGCUAGACUAGGGACCAGCACCCCUACACCAAAACUCAGGCAUGGAGGAAAGCCCUCGAGAAAAGCUUAAAUAUGCUCCAGGACACAUGGGUGUGGGUGAAAGCCCCGGGUGAGGUUGGUCAAGGCUAUUAAGGCCAAUUAGUGCCCUCAAAGCCUUCUCAGGUGUUAAUGGUUCUGUUACUAGCACCUGUGGGAACAGCUUUGGGAGUUUUAGUAAAGAAAAGACAUUAGGAUUUUUCCUAUGAAAAUGAGGUUUGGGAGGUCCACCUGCCACUUGUCCCACUGUCUGCCAGCCCCAUUGUGUAGCUAUUGAACCUCUUCACCUGGAGUGGACAGGAUGUCAGAAAUCACCAGGACAGUCAGCUCCUGCAUGUCUUGUGGAAAUUGGGCUGAUAAAAGAGGUGUCGACGGCCUCCUCCAAGUGAGGUCGCAGCAUGAGCCGAGCAGCUCUCUGUCCUGCUUGCCCCACUCCAGGCCAGCUGGUACAAGUCUUCUGCAGAGCCUGCAGGAGCGGGCUGUCACCUGUCUUUUGAAAAUAAAUGCAGUCUGUUUUCCGUAAUUACCCUCCGGGCAGAUUUAUGAGCCUCUUUCCCCAUUCGGAACAUUGGCCUCCUCUUCUUUUUCUGUUGUUUUGUGUUGAGACCAGUGGCAGUUGCCCCACUGGAAGACUCCUGAGGGACGCCACCCAGGGCAGAACAGCCUUUCACUGGGCUCCGGCUGCGGGAUUUCCACCUUGGCUCUGCCUCCUCCAGUGGGGGUAAACCCACAGUGACUUCAACACAAGGAAGGCACGAGAGCGGUGCUGCAUGUGCUGGAAUGAGCUUGUCU